UUUUGAGGUGGAGUUAAUUCCAAUAUAUUGGGUCAGUUGCACAUAUCCAGUUCUACAAAUUUCAUGCCAGCCCUACUCACAUCUACUACCUAAGUUGAUAAAAUGCUUUUUAUGACUUAAACAAUUCUCCUCCAUAAGAUUUCUUUAAAGGUGGAGUUAAGCCCAAUCUUCCAAAUCACUAUCAAAAUUAAGAAGUGGAGCUAUGUGAGACAACACAAGGCAAUCCAAGUGAAGAACAAGGCAAUUAAGGCAUGGGGGUGAUGGAGGAGAUAAGGAGACAUGUGCGGGUGAUAAAGGAGAAGCUGUCUGCUGCUGCCAUCCCUGCCGAUGCCUUGGAGACUGCACAUCACUUCUUAGAAACCGUGGUUAAAGAUGUCACUUUUGCUGCUCAUGGUCUCACCAAAGAUGCCUUGAACCGCAUUAAGACUCGUCUUGUUGAUAUUCUGCCAUCACUCUUUCCAGCCAUAACUAGAAAGGUGAUCGAUGUUAGCUAUUCUCCUCCAUCAAGCAGCCACAAUAGUUCUCGGUGUACUAUGGUCGAUGAUGCAGCAAAGGAGGUUAAUGGAGAGAAAGAAUGUGAAGAGAAAGAGGAAGAAGAAGAGAGAGGCAAUCAUUCAAGUAAAACUAGUCCUAAUAAGGCCCCAUAUGUAUCACCAACUUCCACUUUAUUUGCUUCGCCAAAACCAUUUUCAAGGCUCUGAUGAAUCCUCGUAUUUUUGGCAACAGUUUCUUAAAUUUCUUGGGAUAAUAUAAUGGAGAUUUUCUUAUAUGUAAGAACAACAGGGUGAGGAGAUUGUCAUUAAACUACAUGUGCAGAUAUUGUCUGCUGCGAAUCUCCGAGUUGAAGUUAAUGAAAAAAAAAAUCCAGUUAAUGAAGUAUUAAUGCAAUGAGGCAAAUCUUUUAAUUU